UGGGGAGGAUUUCUGCCCACUGCCACUGCUGUCCUCCUCACAGACUUCCCAUUUCAUCGUAGGUUGGAAACGCCAAAAAGCACCAACAUGUCUGAAGUUUGAUUCUGCAGAUUGCAGCAACCUGGCUUGAACAGGAAAAGAAAGAUCUUGUUGUAGCUAAGGAUGCCUACAUGGCUGAGAAGUGUCCACCACCAGAUCUGAGCGGAGACCUCAUGGAAACCUGCAAAAAGCUGAAUGCCCUCAUAGAGAAGAUUGAUGAAGAGCGGUACGACCUGGAGGCCAAAGUGGGCAAGGCCGACAAGGAGAUUGAAGACCUGAAGAUCAAAGUGGUGGACCUGGCUGGAGUGAAGAAGCCUGCGCUGAAGAAGGUGCGCAUGUCUGCUGACGCCAUGCUCAAAGCACUGCUGGGCUCCAAGCAUACAGUCAACAUGGACCUGAGAGCAAACCUGAAGCAGGUCAAGAAGGAGGUGAAAGAGGAGCCUGCAGAGGCAGUCGGCGACUGGCGUAAGAACAUUGAAGACAAGGCUGACAGGAAGAAGAUGUUCGAGAGUGCCUAAAGAUCCAAAAUCUUGGACCGGUUUUGGGCUGAUAGCACUUUUUUAUUUCUGUCAUUUCACAGUGAACUGAAAUAUAUUUUGUUUAAUUAAAUCUAUGUAUUUCAGCCUGCUUUGUUUUAACAAUUUGGUUGACAACCAAUCAAAAAUUUGAACCCUGAUUUUUUUUCAAUCCGCUGAAGAUUAACAGGGCAAGAAAAUUAACUCCCAUGUUUCAUUUUCCUUUAAAACCACUUUUAUUAAAUUUGACAAAAUGGCAAAAAAGGUAAAUGUUUACAUCGGCAAGCCCCUUUAUUUUACAGUUGUCUCUAAGAACAGACUUUUAUCUAGCAAUGCAACUUUCUGUGUUGAUGCUCACUUUCCUUCCUGUUCCUAAUCUUUUUUAAUUAAUACAUUGCUUUUUAUAUACAGCGUUGUCAUGAAAUAUUUCUUGAUGUACAUUACAAAUCAGCCUAAAUCCACGACACAGCUCAUUUCUCUGGGUUUGUGUGAAGUGUUGAAGGAAAAAGGCCCAGUUGAAGGUCCGGAUGAGAUUUACACAACGAGACAGUUUUGGUUCAUUUGAAUCUGGACGCAGAAAUGUUUCUUAAAUUACUGAAAGGAUGCAGCUUAUUGAAGCUGCGGCACCGCCACGCACAGAUAAUCUGUUUGUUCAAAACUCAACUUACAGCUGAGAAGAAAACGUCACGCUUGUAAAUAAAAAUGACAUCACAUGUUUUAAAGCACAGUAAAUUCAUUUGGCUGUCA